CACACACACACACACACUCUCUCUCUCACUCACACACACACCCUCCCACCCGCGGUCCGAGAGGACCUUAUCAACCCGCCCUCUCUGGCAGAGCGCGAGGUUCUCUGCGGGCGAAAGCCGUGAGUUGAGCGCAGGGGCUCUGAGAGAGACGGGAGAGGCUAGAAGACCUGGGGGCGAGGGGCGGCGUGCCUGCCAGCCCCAUCUCUUCAAGCUCCGUGGGGAAGGAGGGAGCCGUGGGCCAAAAAGAAAAAAGACCAAAAAAAAAAAAAAAAAGACAAGGCCAAAAGGCACGCCACCUACUACUCCGCGUGGAAAAGUGCCAAGGCGAGGGCGGAAAACGAACUUUGCAAUCUCCAGUCUUGGUAGAAAACGCGCGGGUGGAGGGGGCGGAAUCGCGAAAGCCUCGGAGAAGCAGCGGUAGCUCAGCCUCCUUGGUUCGGUUUGGCUUUUUAAAAACUGAAGAGGAGAGGAGGAGGAGGAGAGGCAGCUCCUGGAAAAGUUGUGCAGCCAGCAGUCGCCAGCGAGAGAGAGAAGGAGAGAGAGAGAGAGAGAGGAGAGGGUGGUAGGGAGGGAGGUGAGCUGGUCGCUUAAUGCGAACAACCGCGGCAGUCCGCUGUCCCCAAGAAAGCAGGACCGCUCAGAAUCCUGCCCACGCCGCGAAGGGGAUUGGUGGGAGGGUGUCGAAGAGCAACAGUCGUGGGAGGAGAAGGGAGAGAAGCCGGCAGAACCACCUUGAAAGCGUCCAGCUAUCCCAGGCGCGUCUCGGGGUCUGUCUUGGCGCCGGCACGCGCGUAUAUGCACACACAUACACGCACGCACGCAUCUCUACACACGUGGGCGCUUUUCGCCUCCGCUCGCAGCUGGACACCAACCCCCUGGGCAAAAAAAAAGGUGGGGGGAGCGACGCACUGAUUCCCAGAAGCGGGGCAUCAUCCUACCCCGGACCUACUUUCCUCCGCCUGCCAGUCGGUGCCAUCUCAAUUUCGAGCGUGGGAGCUUGUGGGCAGCUGGGCGCCGAGUCUCCGGAGCCUCGCUUUAAGUGGCGGCCAGUUUCCCUUCUUUUUUUCCCCUCCUUCCACUCACUCCUUCAACACUUAAGAUUUUUUUUAAAUUUUUCUUUUUGUAUGUACCAGACGUUAUUCCCACCCCACCCCGGCAACGUUUUUGGGAUUUUAUUAUCUUCUUUAGUAGCCGGGAAGAGAAAAAACAACCUGCUUUCCUGCUUUGAAGCAACGUUUGCAACCUGUUACAUUUCUUUUUUUAAAUUAUAAUUAUUAGGCGCUAUCUGUUGCAGGUUUUUUGCUUGUUUUUUGUUUUAAUAGAAAGCGAUUGCUGGCUUGAACCCGCCACUUUUGCUGGAGCAUCGCAUCUGCUCGCAAACUCACUCUUGGACUUGCAAUCAACUCAAGCAGCUUGGCGGACCGGCAACUUGGCAUAUGCUAUCUGGACUCACCAUCGGGAUUGCAUCUAUUCUUUCGAUCCCUCUUUUUUUUUUUUUUAAAGAAGAAGAUCUGAAUCUUGUUUGCACAUCUUAAACUGCCACGGAGAAAACUCCAGGAAGCAUUUUGGUCCUUUCUUUGUGGGAGAAGCCGAACGAAAAGAAGUGUGUUUUAUUUUAUUUUUUACAUUUAAACCUUUUUUCUCUCUCUAAAAUGCACUGCUAUCUCCUGAGCGUGCUCCUCACCCUGGAUCUGGCCACGGUGGCCUUUGCUCUGUCUACGUGCAGCACCCUAGACACGGACCAGUUCAUGCGUAAGCGGAUCGAAGCCAUCCGAGGCCAGAUCCUGAGCAAACUGAAACUCACCAGCCCUCCGGAAGAGUACCCCGAGCCCGAGGAGGUUCCUCCGGAGGUCAUCUCAAUCUACAAUAGCACAAGGGACUUGCUGCAGGAGAAGGCGAACCACAGGGCAGCCUCUUGUGAAAAGGAAAGGAGCGAUGAGGAAUAUUAUGCCAAAGAAGUUUACAAAAUUGACAUGGGGAGUUACCACCCGUCGGCAAGUAAGUCUACUCUGAAUAAUUAUUUCAUCUCAACAAGCAAUCAAAAUCCGUACUUUAGAAGAGUGAGGUUUGAUGUCUCAGCGAUGGAGAAAAAUGCUUCCAACCUAGUGAAAGCAGAAUUUAGAGUCUUCCGCUUACAGAAUCCGAAAGCUCGUGUAUCAGAACAACGGAUAGAACUAUAUCAGAUGAUCAAAAAUAAAGAUCCCACAUCACCUACACAACGCUAUAUUGAUAGCAAGGUCGUGAAAACAAGAGCUGAGGGAGAAUGGUUAUCUUUUGAUGUAACUGAGGCUGUACAUGAAUGGCUCCAUCACAAAGACAGAAAUUUGGGACUUAAGAUCAGUUUACAUUGCCCAUGCUGUACAUUUGUGCCUUCAAAUAAUUACAUUAUUCCAAAUAAAAGUGAAGAAUUAGAGGCAAGAUUUGCAGGUAUUGAUGACCACCCUUAUUCCAGUGGUGAGAAAGCUUUAAAGUCCAGUAGGAAAAAAUACAGUGGGAAGAGCCCACAUCUUCUGCUAAUGUUAUUACCCUCCUACAGACUUGAGUCGCAACAAUCCAGUCGGCGGAAGAAGCGUGCUUUAGAUGCUGCCUAUUGUUUUAGCAUUCUAUUGAAAGGGAUACUGCACUUCCCACUCCUACCCCACCCACAUAACUUUGGAUAAAAGUUUGUAUUUCUCUGGAUUUGUUCCUCAAAGUCUUGAAGGGCUACAGCUGCUGAAGGACUUGGGUGGCUGCUUUGAAGAAGACACUUUCUUCAAGAUAAUUGGCAAAGGAACCAUUGAGCAGCUGCUUCAUAACUUCAACAAGCAGAUCAAGAAUUGUUGGGGGGGGAGGAACUUCAUACACAUCAGAUUAUAUAUUCAAAACUAAAUCUCAUUUGUUCAUUUUCUGGCAAUCUAUACUAACUGCCUUUUUACUGAAGAAUAACAGUUGCUUUUAUUUGCACCUUUGUUAAAAUCCCUGUGACAUUUUGGCUGUUCAAAAGAUAGGCUAUGUCUGAAAAAUUAAACAAAUAGAAUCUAGUAUUAUGUCUCAAAUGUAUACAACAAGAGCAUAUGCUCAGAAUCAUGUAGUAAUUGAGCAGCUGUUAAUGUAGUGCCAGAAAUCAUAAAAUGUGGCUUGGAACCAAUUAGGGGUUGAAUAGGGAGGAACUGGGGCUCAGUUGCAGCAAGAGACAGUGGCAUUUCAAAUUCUUCUGAUAGCAAGAUAUUCCAUUUUGGAUACUGGAAAAGAUUGCAUUUCCUGUGCAAAACUGGCUUGUAAUAGGACUCACAUGGACUCACAAUUCCAGGAGAAGUGGAGGUGGCAACAGUGGCUAGAAAGGCUUUCUGUCACCCCAUCUUGGGCAUUAAUUGUGACCUUUCUUGGUUCAGGAAGUGCUGGUGACUACCAUUCAUGCUUUGUCACCUCUCAUUCUGAUUAUUGCAUUGGAAUAUUUGAAGACCUAGAAACUGGUCCAGAAAACAGAGGCUCAUGGAAACCAGUUAAUGAGCCCCCAUAUUACAAGUACUUCAAGGCUACCAAUUGGCUUCCAGCUACAAUUUAUGGUGCUAUUCUUCUCCUUUAAAGGCAUAUGUGACCCAGUCCUAGAUAUCUGGAGGACCAAAACAAUUUUGGUAGCUGCUGCCUGUAUAAUAAGAUCUAGAAGGGAAGACUGCUUCUAGAUCGGGUCCCCAACUCCUGGACCUUGAGUUGUUCCAAACUGGGCCAUGCUAAGCAAACGUACACACAUGUGCAUCCCCACUUGUACAAGCAGUGGGCAAGUGCAUGCGUGCACACUCCAUUUGCACAAGUGGCAGGCACGUGCGUGGAAACAUCCAAUGGUGGGUUUCAAAAAUUUUUUCUACCGGUUCUGUG